AUGUACGAGCAACUGCCGGUGCCGUUUGGGCUGGUGCGAUAUGGUGUUGCGCCAGACCAUCCAGAGGUAAAGAACUGUCAAGAGAAAUUCACCGAAGUAGCCAGUUCUCCGCGUUUCAAUUUCAUCGGAAAUGUCGAGCUCGGCGCGGCUCUUCCACUCAAAGCACUUAAGCCGCACUACGAUGCAAUUCUCUUCUCAUACGGGGCUUCGAAGGAUAAAGAGCUAGGAAUUCGAGGUGAAAAAGAUAUCCGUGGUAUAUAUUCCGCCAGAGCCUUCGUUGGCUGGUACAAUGGACUCCCGGAAUACAGGGAUCUCAAACCAGACCUGGCGAGCGGCGAAGAAGCAGUCGUUAUUGGGCAGGGAAAUGUAGCCAUGGAUGUUGCGAGGGCUCUGCUGACGGACAUUGACGUUUUGAAGAAGACAGAUAUGACAGAGUACGCCUUGGAGGAGCUGUCAAGGAGCAAGAUCAAACGAGUUCGGGUAGUUGGCCGAAGAGGUCCAAUGCAGGGUGCUUUUACAAUCAAGGAGCUCCGGGAGCUGAUACAGUUACCCUCCGUGUCCUUUGAUCCCAUCCCCGAAUCUCUCUUUCCACCAGAAUCGACUAUCAAAAGCCUGCCUCGAGCCCAGAAACGCAUCACCCAACUACUCGUCAAGGGCACAGCCACAGAUCCUUCUACCGCAAAGAGAUCUUGGUCUCUUGAUUUCUUACUCUCUCCGCACUCGUUUCACGCCGCAAACGAUCAAUCUAAGGACCUCUCACACAUAAAAUUCACCCGUAAUCAAUUAGACCCCUCCGAUCCCUUCUCCCCAUCGGCGCGAGCAACUCCUCUCCUUGGUGAUGACGGUAAAGCGAUACAACUCGACAUCCCCGCCAGCACCUGUUUCCGCAGCAUAGGUUAUCAAUCCCUCCCCCUGCCCGGCUUUGAAGACCUCCAGAUCCUCUUCGACCAUUCACGCGGGACGAUUCCCAAUGACGGCCAAGGUAGGAUCAUUAAUUCCAACUCAUCCAGCGAUGACAGAGGCAGUGCACACUCAUCUUCUCCAAACGAUUUCCCUACCCAUCUCCCUGGCCUCUAUUGCGCUGGAUGGGUGAAGCGCGGGCCCACCGGUGUCAUCGCAUCUACAAUGACAGAUGCGUUCGCCACAGCCGAUGCCAUCGCCGCCGAUUGGACGCACCACGUUGCAGCCUCCAGCAGUGCACCUGCAUUCUUAAACUCGAAUGAGGGGGGCAGCACGGGCCUUGGAUGGGAGGGCGUGCGUGGCGAGGCGGAGAAGAUGGGUCUCCGGCCGACAAGCUGGGAAGAUUGGGAGGCGAUUGAUCGUGCUGAGGUGGAGAGAGGGAAGUCGAGAGGAAAGGUUCGCGAGAAAUUUGGGCGCGCUGAAGAGAUGUUGAAUGUGCUAUCAUGA